AUGCAAAGAACCAAUGAAAAAACUAAAAUUUCCUUUGAGUGGGAUGAAAAGGAUGACACAACUGAUAAGAAUUCAAUAAUCUCCUCUUCUCAUUCUACUGUGAAAAAUAAUCAAAAGAAAAAGAUUCGUAAAGAUAAAAUUGAGGAUGAAAGAAAUUGGACUGAGAAAUCAGUUAAUGAAAUGACUGACAGAGAUUGGAGAAUUUUCAGAGAGGACUUUGAUAUCGUUGUUAAGGGAGGAAGGGUUCCACCUCCACUAAGAUCUUGGGAUGAAACAACACUACUUCCACUAGAAAUUAUUAAUGCCAUUACAGAUUUAAAGUUUAAAGAGCCAACAGCUGUACAAAAACAAUGUAUUCCUAUUGCCAUGAAUGGUAUCGAUCUUGUUGGGCUUGCUGAAACAGGUUCCGGUAAGACAGCAUCGUAUAUCAUUCCAAUGUGUUGUCAAAUUGCUAAAUUACCUAGAAUGAAUGACGAGAUUGCUAAAGAUGGUCCGUAUGGCCUGAUUCUAGUACCAACUCGUGAAUUGGCUGAACAAAUCGAGAGAGAAGCCACUAAAUAUGCCAGACAAUUCGAAUUUAGAGUGCAGGCAAUUAUUGGUGGUGUCAGUAUUGAAAAACAAAGUAGAUUAAUUAGAGGAGGAUGUGAAAUUCUAGUGGCCACACCAGGUCGUCUCAUUGACUGCUUGAAUAACUCAAUUGUUGUUCUCAAUCAAUGUCAUUUUAUAGUUUUGGAUGAAGCAGACAAAAUGAUUGAAAUGAAUUUUGAAAAGGAUGUAAAUACAAUUUUGGAAAAUAUGCCAACCCAUAUUCAAAGACAAACCAUGUUAUUUAGUGCAACCAUGCCUCCAGAAGUUGAGAACAUUGCCAUGAAAUAUCUCAAAAAGAGAGUUACUGUGGCUGUAGGUGAAGUUGGUAGGGCAGUUGAACGUAUUGAACAAGAAGUCAUGUGGAUCAAACAUGAAAAUGCCAAGAGAGACAAAUUAUUGGAACUCUUAUAUGAUGCAGAUCCACCUGUUAUUGUAUUUUGUAAUUUGAAGAAGGAAGUUGAUGCGAUUGCCAAGUUUGUAUCAAAUGCAGGAUUCAGAUCAACAUCUAUUCAUGGUAACAAAUCACAAGAGGCACGUAAUUCUGCUCUUGAGGCAUUCAAAUCAGGUAAAUUUGAUGUUAUAGUGGCAACUGAUGUUUUGGGUAGAGGUAUUGAUAUUAGUGGUGUGACAUUGGUUGUAAACUAUUCUCUUCCAAAAACCAUCUCUGCUUACACUCACAGAAUUGGUAGAACUGGUCGUGCUGGUAGAACAGGUAGGGCUGUUUCUUUCCUCACAAAAGAUGAUACUGAAAUCAUGUAUGAUUUGAAGAAAAUGCUCGAGUCUACUAAGAAUACUGUUCCAGAAGAAUUAGCUCAACAUCCUUCUGCAGCUCAAAAGCCUGAUAAGAAAAAAUCAGAUCAACCAAUAGGAGGAGGACAAGAAUCUGAAGAAUAA